CACUUUCAUGGCGCUGAAGUCAGUCGACCAAUUAGAGACCGCGAACUUUCCUCUUUCUGUCGUCACAUCCAGUCCGCGAUUUAUUUGGAUUAUUUGAAUCGAAUAAGAACAUAGUUCUGUAUUAAAAUGAUCUGAUAAUGCAUUAUUUAGUAUUGUUUUCCAAGUCCAUUUGAAAAUAUUAUCUACAUUCCUGGAAUACAAAACAAUUAAAAAAUUUCGAAGGACGCCAUUAACAAAAUUCGUUUCCAUAAUAUUUUUUAAUUCGAAUAUCGAUAAUGUGCUAUGAAAUUUUUAAUAUUCUUGCGACAACUAGAUUUAUUGUUACACGAUAAAAAUCGUCGUAAAAAUAACCAUCUGGGAAUAUUAAAACAAAUAUAUUUAUCUCAACAUUACGUCAUAUUUGAAGCAAUAAAUUAAGGUCAGAGUUUUGAUCUAGGCCGAUCGGCAACGCUGUUGUCAAUUCUGCUGUAUCGCGCUCGUUAAGUCUCGAUAAAAUCAGAGUGAGGGAGUCAGUUCUCUGCCUAACAUUCUAUAUUCAACCGAUCUAGUAACUUCGUGAGCUAUGUUACGAAAGAACAAAAUAUUACAAAAAUUCAACAAGCCAAAGAAUUAAUCAACGUACCAGUAACGCCGCAAUGCCGUGCUUCACCAUAGGAAUUCAAGUUCACAAUUAUAGUUGACAAUCUGAUUAUGAAACGAGUCCCGGGCGCACGCCAGCAAAAAUCCAUCACGCAAAUCAAAAGAGAAAAGAAAAAUAGUCGAACGGCUGAAAUUCCAGUGUAGUGCCGUAUCUUGGAUAUGAAAUGGUCACAGGCUCAGUAAAUCCAAAUAAAAAAAAAUACAAAUUAGCUUAAUUACGGAGCGCAAUUAAAAGAUGAUAAUGGGGAAGAGAACGGAAUAGGAGGGCGAUAGUGCAAGAGGGUAGAGCAGGGGACACAAAGGGUGCGAGAGGUUAGUGGGAACCUCGGGAGCGUAAACAAGAGGAUUCUCGGAGGGGGUACUAAGCGCAUGCGCACUGUGAACCCCGCCCUAUCGCGGCGCGGGCUGCCACAAGGGCUGCUUUCGACAACGGACAACCGAGAACCGAAAGCUGCCGAGAGCUGAGAACGUGAGAAGGUAGUGAGAGAAGUGAUAGUCGCGUUUUAGCUCGCGCUCCGCGAGAGCAUGAUUCACCGGAGAACAAAUCGAAAUCCAGACUCUCGUUCCUUCGUAUUUGGUAAUGAUCACAAUCGCGAUAUCUCGGUGUUCAUUCUCUCGUAGAAGAAUUUGAUAAUUCGAUAGAGGGAUCAUUCGACAUCGAUCGGAUCGUGUCGCUUUGCCUGAUCAGUACGAGAGAAGCGCGGAAAGUGAGGAGAGACAAUAAAAACGGAAGGCAACGAACAAGAGCAAAGGGGAAAACCGAUGCUGAUUGGCAGAGCGCAAGAGAGGCGAGAAAGAAAGAACGGAGAGAAGAAGGAGAAGGAAAGGAAACGUGAAAAGGAUAGAGGAAGCUAUUUUAUGAAAGCUUCUCAAAGCAGAGUUAAUAGGGAUUAUUCAUUGGAUCGGAAUAUUGUGGGAUUCGUUCUAUGAUCGGGCGCAGGACAAUACUAAUUAGAAGAAGCCUUUUUAUCAAAGAUUUUGUCCAUGGAUCUUCGGAUAUUUAUAUUCCAAUUAAGUAAGAAGUGUCCACGGAUGAAACUAUAGAUCAAAUUAUUAUUUAAUUUUUGUAUGGUGGUUCUUGUUCUGUGUAUCGACAGCGACAGUUUUUUUGGGUCUCCCGUCAAUUUAUCAAAUGGAGAUUGUAUAUCGUCGGAAAAAGAAUGUUGGUAACGUGCACGGUUAAUCUUUCGUAAAAACGAUCCUGUCAGGAGUGACACCACAGGUUUCGCGACAUCGAAAUGAACAGUAAAAAGGGUCGAUUCAAGCAGUGGUCUGGUGAACUGCGAUCGAUUUGGAGAAACAUCGACUACCUUGGGUUAAUAGUAACUAUCCUUUUUGGGUUUUCGUAGUCGAUAACGUAAUCGAUCGAUACUUAUAAAUCGUCGCAGAGUCAAUCGAUGAUGACAACAGUAGACUCCCACGGAAACACUGUAGAGUUCAAUUAAUGAAAAUUUUGAUUGAUACCUUACAGACAUCGAUCACAUGAAACAUCUUGUAACACAUUCCAUGAAAAUAAAGAUUUCUUACAACUGUCAAUCGACAGAGUUAAAAUUGAAAAGUCAAAAGCAACAAGACCGUUGAAUCUUGCGAUGUCAGAAAUAAACGUCAAAGAAAACAAUUCCUGGGAGUCUCUCAACGAAGAAUCCAUAAAGCAGAAAAUCGAAAAUAACAGAUCACGUAGACAAUAAACUUCCAAUUUCCCAUGGACAAAAAAGUCUGAUACGUUGAAGAAAAGAAGAGGAUAAAAGUCUCGACGAGAAGUCAGAAGUUAGACUAAAAGUAUUGUACUCGAUGAACAAGCCUACAAGGUACGUUUUUUUCUCGGGCACGAAAUCAACCCUGACCACCGGAAAUAUUAAGAACAUAGAGACAACGAGCUCUAUACUGUUGGUAGCAUUGACCGAAGGUUACGUGAAUCUGAAUCCAGUGGACCUAAAGAUUGAGAAGGUCCUUCUGGGGGAUGCGUGGAAGUAGCUCGGAACUUCUGUUGGACGCUAGUCAGAGCCAGGAUACGCAAAAAUACGACAUUCAGCAGCAAGAAUUACGACGUCGCAAACUGUUGGAACUCGGGUUCGGCGCGUCGCGGCGCCGACCGCCACGGCGUACUUGCCGUCAGCGGUUCAAUUUUUAUGCGACUUCCGCUCUAGCCUUGGUUGCUACUUCCGGUGGUGCGGCGCUCCUCUUCCUGGUACCGUUGUACGUCGAUCCAGCCAUCAGCACCCUAGCAGCUGACUUUUCCCCAGACCCAGUGAUUUGCACGACCUCGAGACGCGAGGAGCUGGCUGGACUGUUCAAUUGCACUUGGAGUUCCUGUAGGGAGGGUUGUACCAGUGACGUCUAUCGGUGCACUCAUAUAUAUGUCACCUAUACACCAUGGACUAACUCCAGCAAGCGAAACGACUCUCAUUCUGGAAAUUCACUCACUACGUCAUCCUCCAGCACUACCACUACAGCAGAUUCAACAGGAUCGAAUGCGGUUUCGGUGUCUUCCUCCGGCGACAUCGAGGCUGUUCUCAUGGUAAACAUCAAAGGCUGUGGAUAUCCUCCUGUCGUCGACUGUGAGAACUUCACACGAGAACUGGGUUACGAGGGUGCGAAAUUUCCAUGCCACUACAGCCGCGUUAACGGCAGCAUAGUGAUGGCGGACUAUAAUCGCGAGGCGCAGAUCGCGACGAUCAUGCACUUCUUCGCUGCACCCUUCGUAGUGACGCUGGCGACCAGCGUCGCCCUGUGUGUGAUGCAUUGUGAUUGCAGGUGCGCUGCACCGCCACGACACUCUGCCAGAGGGAUAAGAAGGCCUGGAUUAAGCGACCUAAGUGAUCACUCGAUAAGCAACCGGGUGGAUCGCCGAGGACACCAUCCGACGCAUUGCGAGUGUAGUGACGUCACGAGGCCCUUAUGACGACGCGAGGAGACGGCGGAGAGUGCUUUGGCCACAUCUCAAUCCGACCUUUAGGCCCUAGGAUUCUCACGCCUUCUCCAGAACACGUCUCGUUCCAUCAUCUCAUCAGCCGGCAUCCACCCUGCCCCGCU